GCUGGCGGUGCGCGGGCGGAGCGCGGGGGACCUGAGCUGCCGGAGGCGGUGGCCCUAAGGCCACCCGCCCGGCCGCCCGCACGGGAAAAGGGGAGCGCGGUUGGCCUGCGUCCGCCAGGGAGCGACCCGGGGCUGCCCGAGAGGCCUGACUGGCGGCAUCCCCAGCGACCGCCCCUGAGUUGGCUGCGUGAAAGUUUUCCCCGCACGCCUCUGCCAGGACACCGCGCCCCGGGCCACUGAACCCGGCGGGACCCGCCGCCUCUGGGAAGCGAAGGGGGGGAGAGGCCCGCGGCUCCCCCCCUCCCGCCUCCCGUCGGGGCGCAGCCGGGAGCGGCGGCGGGCCCCCCCCCCCCCGGGCGAUGGCCGCGGAGCUGGCGAUGGGUGCCGAGCUGCCCAGCAGCCCGCUGGCCAUCGAGUACGUCAACGACUUCGACCUGAUGAAGUUCGAGGUGAAGAAGGAGCCACCCGAGGCCGAACGCUUCUGCCACCGCCUGCCGCCUGGCUCACUGUCCUCGACGCCGCUCAGCACGCCUUGCUCCUCCGUGCCCUCUUCGCCCAGCUUCUGUGCGCCCAGCCCGGGCACCGGUGGCGGCGGCGGCGGCGGCGGGGGGGCCGGGGGCGGCGGCGGGGCGGCUCAGGCUGGGGCUGCCCCGGGGCCGGCGAGCGGGGGCCCCGGCGCCGUCGGGGGCGCCUCGGGGAAGCCGGCGCUGGAGGAUCUGUACUGGAUGAGCGGCUACCAGCACCACCUGAACCCCGAGGCGCUCAACCUGACGCCCGAGGACGCGGUGGAGGCGCUCAUCGGCAGCGGCCACCACGGCGCGCACCACGGCGCGCACCACCCAGCGGCCGCCGCGGCCUACGAGGCCUUCCGGGGCCAGGGCUUCGCGGGCGGCGGCGGCGGAGCGGACGACAUGGGGUCCGGCCACCACCACCACGGCGCGCAUCACGCCACCCACCACCACCACCACCACGCGGCCCACCACCACCACCACCACCACCACCACACCGGCGCAGGCCACCACGGCGGCGCGAGCCACGGCGGCGGCAGCGCGGGCCACCACGUGCGCCUGGAGGAGCGCUUCUCCGACGACCAGCUGGUGUCCAUGUCAGUGCGCGAGCUGAACAGGCAGCUCCGCGGCUUCAGUAAGGAGGAGGUCAUCCGGCUGAAGCAGAAGCGGCGCACGCUCAAGAACCGCGGCUACGCGCAGUCGUGUCGCUUCAAGCGGGUGCAGCAGCGGCACAUUCUGGAGAGCGAGAAGUGCCAGCUCCAGAGCCAGGUGGAGCAGCUGAAGCUGGAGGUGGGGCGCCUGGCCAAGGAGCGGGACCUGUACAAGGAGAAAUACGAGAAGCUGGCCGGCAGGGGUGGCCCCGGGGCCGCGGGCGGGGCCGGCUUCCCGCGGGAGGCCUCGCCGCCGCAGGCCGGCUCCGGCGGGGCCAAGGCCGCGCCCGACUUCUUCCUGUGAGCGCGGGACCCCGAGCCCGCGCUGCCGCCGGGAGAGGCUCGCGCAGGCCGCCCAGGGCCUCGGCCCGGACUCCGCGGCCCAGGACGGGGACUCGCGGCGGGGCCGCCGCUGCGCGCGGGCCCUCGCCUUGACCCCACCGCCCCCGGCCCGGCCGGCCGGCCCGCCCCGCGCGCCGGGCUGCUGCGCCUGCAGGCGCCAGACUCCAGGCCCCUGCUGGCGGCGCGGCCUCCUCGCUCCCGGCUCGCGACCCUUCCCGGGCCGCCGUCCUGACGCUGCCCCGACUCCUCUGCGCGGAGCGCGGCGAUGCCCAGGACAGUUGGGCCGGGUCGCAGUCCUCCCUGGCGUCCGCUUGUACAUACGUGGAAGGCGGUUCUGCGCCCGCCCCCGCCCCCGCCCCCGCCGGGACUGCCGGCAGCCCCCGCCGCCCCACGCCCCCUCGUUUCCUUUCUUUCCGGCCCCUUGCCCUGCCCUUUUCUACUCCUUUUUAAAGCAGUCUUAUUUUCGAAGUAUUUAUAUUUAUUUUGCUCGGUGAUUAGAAAAGAAAGUCCCGGAGGACGCUCCCUCCUGUGCCGCCGCGGCCGCCCUCAGACGUCCGGGUGUCCCAGCAUGUGUGGCUCGCUCGGAGCGGCCCGGCCCCUGCCUGCCCUCUUGCCCGCCUGCCCCCCACCCUGCCACCGGCGUCCCUAGAGACUGAGGCCGGAGGGCUUUAUCUCUGCUGUGUUCAGUCCCGCUGCCCUACUGUACUCGAGGGGGGAGGGGGUGGGGGCUGGCCCGGACUCCCGUGCUGCUAUUUCUCUAUGCACCAGAUUGUAUUUAUGACUCCUGGGGAAAUAUAUCUUAUUUUAACCCUCAAGAGAAGUGAAAGGGAAAAAAAGUAAUGCACAGUAUUUCUAGCAGAAGAAAAAAAGGUUUGGUUUUUUUUUUAAAGAGGAGGUUUCGCCUGAAUCUCCUGGCAUGGGGGCGGGUGGAGAACGUGUUUUUACUUUAAUUUAAAAUGUGUUUCGUUUUGUUUGUGGAUUCUUUUUGAAAAGUCUGAUGGCUUUUUGGAAUAGCUGGGAUAUAGGGUGGGGAGGCCUGUGCUCCCGGCCCUGCGAGCCGCCCAGCCCGGGCUCCAGCGGGUCCUGUGUUCCUUCAGCGCCUGCUCCUGCUGCGCGCGGGAGGUUCACCAACUUGUUGAAAGUUUUGUUGUGUUAUUGGGUCUUGGUGGGUUCUUUUUCAUUUGCUACGAAGCUGAGGAAAGAAGAAAACACAAAAUAAACCCGUUUAGAUCCAAAAGUC